GCUGAAAACUAAACCGAGAUGGAAUCUCCCAGUCUGAACCGGUUUCAACCGGUUACGAGUUAGUGGCUUGAGAGAGGAGAAGAGGCGCAGGCACACAACCUCCACGCCGCCCCGCUGGAAAAUCACCAGGAAAACGUAUUAUUAAGUGAAUUAAGGUUUACUUUGAUUCGGAAACAUGUACCGGAGCGACAUAUUCGUGCCGUGAUAGUCGUUCCGCCGUCAUUGGUCCGCAGCAGCCCGUCAUCCCCGGAGCUGUGUCACCGCUGCAGAAAUCUUCUUUUAAAUCAUCCUCGAGCUUGAAAACACUGACUCUUGAAGGGUUUCCGGGCAGACGCCACUUUUUUUCUGUCAGAGCCUCGGACUUUUGAGCUCUAUGCCAGCAAUUAUGACAAUGUUAGCAGACCAUGCAGCACAGCAGCUGCUGGACUUCAACCAGAAACUGGAUAUCAACCUGCUGGAUAAUGUGGUGAACUGUCUAUAUCAUGGGGUGGGACCACAGCAGAGAAUGGCACAGGAAGUGCUGACUCAUUUAAAGGAGCAUCCUGAUGCAUGGACAAGAGUGGACACCAUCCUGGAGUUCUCCCAGAACAUGAACACCAAAUACUAUGCCCUUCAGAUUCUGGAAACAGUUAUUAAAACAAGAUGGAAGAUUCUACCCCGGAAUCAGUGUGAAGGUAUUAAAAAGUAUGUUGUUGGUCUGAUUAUCAAGACAUCUUCAGAUGCUUCCAAUGUGGAGAAAGAGAAGGUGUACAUUGGAAAGCUGAACAUGAUUCUUGUUCAGAUCUUGAAGCAGGAAUGGCCCAAACACUGGCCCACCUUCAUCAGCGACAUCGUGGGAGCCAGUCGGACAAGUGAGAGCCUCUGCCAGAACAACAUGGUGAUUCUGAAGCUGCUCAGUGAGGAGGUUUUUGACUUCUCAAGCGGUCAGAUGACCCAGGUCAAAGCCAAGCAUCUAAAAGACAGCAUGUGCAACGAAUUCUCCCAGAUAUUCCAACUCUGCCAGUUUGUGAUGGAAAACUCCCAGAAUGCCCCUCUCGUCCACGCAACACUGGAGACGCUUUUACGGUUCCUCAACUGGAUUCCUCUGGGCUACAUCUUCGAAACCAAACUGAUCAGCACUCUUGUGUAUAAGUUCUUAAACGUGCCCAUGUUCCGCAACGUGACCCUCAAGUGCUUGACAGAGAUUGCCGGUGUAAGUGUGAGCCAGUACGAGGAACAAUUUGUCUCGCUCUUCACACUGACCAUGUGUCAGCUUAAACAGAUGCUUCCUCUGAAUACGAACAUCCGUCUGGCCUACGCCAAUGGGAAAGAUGACGAGCAGAACUUCAUUCAGAACCUCAGCUUGUUCCUCUGCACCUUCUUGAAGGAGCACGGGCAGCUCAUUGAGAAAAGACUCAACAUUAGGGAGACGCUAAUGGAGGCGCUCCACUACAUGCUACUAGUGUCUGAAGUGGAAGAGACAGAGAUCUUCAAAAUCUGUUUGGAAUACUGGAACCACUUAGCUGCUGAGCUCUACAGAGAAAGUCCCUUCUCCACAUCCACAUCCCCACUGUUGUCUGGCAACCAGCACUUUGACGUGCCCCCACGCAGACAGCUCUACCUGCCUGUGCUCUCCAAGGUGCGUCUGCUCAUGGUCAGUCGUAUGGCCAAGCCGGAGGAAGUGCUGGUGGUGGAGAACGACCAGGGGGAGGUGGUCAGGGAGUUCAUGAAGGACACCGAUUCCAUCAACCUCUACAAGAACAUGAGGGAAACGCUGGUGUACCUGACCCACUUGGACUACGCCGACACAGAGCGUAUCAUGACGGAGAAGCUCCACAAUCAAGUAAACGGCACUGAGUGGUCCUGGAAGAACCUUAACACCUUGUGCUGGGCCAUCGGGUCCAUCAGCGGAGCCAUGCACGAGGAGGAUGAGAAGAGGUUCCUGGUCACUGUCAUCAAGGAUCUGCUGGGUCUGUGCGAGCAGAAGAGAGGGAAGGACAACAAGGCCAUCAUUGCUUCCAACAUCAUGUACAUCGUCGGCCAGUACCCGCGCUUCCUCAGAGCCCACUGGAAGUUCCUCAAGACUGUGGUCAACAAGCUCUUUGAGUUCAUGCACGAAACACACGAUGGGGUUCAGGACAUGGCGUGUGACACUUUCAUCAAGAUCGCCCAGAAGUGCCGGCGCCACUUCAUCCAGGUGCAGGUGGGAGAGGUGAUGCCCUUCAUCGAUGAGAUCCUCAACAACAUCAACACCAUCAUCUGCGACUUACAACCGCAGCAGGUGCACACCUUCUACGAGGCGGUUGGUUAUAUGAUCGGAGCGCAGACGGACCAGGCUGUUCAAGAGCACUUGAUCGAGAAGUACAUGCUGCUGCCAAACCAGGUGUGGGACAGCAUCAUCCAGCAGGCCACCAAGAACGUGGACAUUUUGAAAGACCCGGAGACUGUGAAGCAGCUGGGCAGCAUCCUGAAGACCAACGUGCGCGCGUGUAAAGCAGUGGGACACCCGUUUGUAAUCCAGCUGGGACGGAUUUACCUGGACAUGCUCAACGUCUACAAGUGCCUGAGCGAGAAUAUUUCUGCUGCCAUUCAGACAAAUGGUAUGGGAGGAGAGAUGGUGACGAAGCAGCCGCUGAUCCGGAGCAUGAGGACGGUGAAACGCGAGACUCUGAAGCUGAUCUCCGGCUGGGUCAGCCGAUCCAACGACCCGCAGAUGGUCGGAGAGAACUUUGUGCCGCCGCUCUUGGACGCCGUCCUUAUUGACUACCAGCGCAACGUCCCCGCCGCCCGCGAGCCCGAAGUCCUGAGCACCAUGGCCACCAUUGUCAACAAGCUGGGCGGCCACAUCACCAGCGAGAUCCCACAGAUAUUCGACGCCGUCUUCGAAUGCACGCUAAACAUGAUCAACAAGAACUUUGAGGAGUACCCGGAGCACCGCACCCACUUCUUCUACCUUCUGCAAGCCGUCAACUCCCACUGCUUCCCAGCAUUCCUGGCCAUCCCACCAGCCCAGUUCAAGCUGGUACUGGACUCCAUCAUCUGGGCCUUCAAACACACCAUGAGGAACGUGGCUGACACUGGCCUCCAGAUCCUCUACACCAUGCUGCAGAACGUGGCUCAGGAGGAAGCAGCGGCCCAGAGUUUCUACCAGACCUACUUCUGUGACAUCCUGCAGCACAUCUUCUCCGUGGUCACCGACACGUCUCACACAGCCGGUCUGACCAUGCACGCCUCCAUCCUGGCCUACAUGUUCAACCUGGUGGAGGAGGGCAAGAUCACCACCACGCUCAACCCCUCCACGCCAGCCAACAACCAGGUCUUCAUCCAGGAGUACGUAGCCAACCUGCUCAAGACGGCCUUCCCACACCUGCAGGAUGCUCAGGUGAAGGUGUUUGUAACGGGCCUCUUCAGCUUAAACCAGGACAUUCCUGCCUUCAAGGAGCACCUCAGGGACUUCCUGGUUCAGAUCAAGGAAUUUGCUGGUGAGGACACGUCGGACUUGUUUCUGGAGGAGAGAGAGGCGUCGCUGCGCCAGGCCCAGGAGGAGAAACACAAGAUCCAGAUGUCCGUCCCUGGAAUCCUCAACCCUCACGAGAUCCCAGAAGAGAUGUGUGACUGAGGUGCCGUCUGCCCCAAUUGUACAGUCCAGAAGCCCGUGGCCCCUCGCUCACUGCAUCACCACGCCAGUGUACAUGAGUACUGCGUCGCCCUGUGGCCCCUUUUGAAUAAUCAAGUUUUCUAUGGAGACUUUUUUGUGUAAUAACUUUCCACACUUUGAUCCCAGUUUGUGUUGCGUUGGUUUGGUUCCAUCCGAGACUCGCAUGAAGUGGCUGUGUCUCUGAGGACGACUUGCUUUCUCGACUAUUCCCACACUUGUUUAUAUAUAAAUAGAGAGCGCGGCCGGACUGAGCGGGCUGUCGGUGAGGCUGCUGCCCCACUGCAUUGUGGGAGAAUGUGAAUCUGACCGAAGUUAUGAAGGCUGGAGAGACGCCACAGCUGCUUCAGUGGGGCUGGUGCCAGGCGAACUUUUGUUUUUUAGGGAAGGCAAAACCCAAUAUGUGCAUAUCAUCCCAAAUGUAUAGCAUCUUUAAUAACAUGGGAACAUUUUUUCUUUCUUUUGUUUGUUUUUGUUGUGGGUGUGUGCGCGCGUGUAUGCUGUCGCCGAGUCGACAUCAGCGUUUUGUUUUCCUCUAAGAGGAUUGUUGCUCACGUGUGAGCCUCCAUUACUGGGAUGGUUUAGGAAGAGGCAGAAGUAUUUAUGGGUUCUCGGUCAGUGGCAUCUUUGAUACUGUUUGAACUCAAGACGUUUCUGGAUUGUACUCAUGGAUGGUUCGCCGCCGCAGCAGUGCUUCCUGACACUACCCUAGAGCAAAACCAGAAUAAACCGGUUUACAUUUAACUUUUCUUUUAUCUGCUUGAGUUGUGUCCAAAACAACAAAAGGCUUUUCGUGCAAAUCAAAUGAGUUGAAUUAGAAAAGAAUGUAUAAAAUCCAAAUCAUCCAGAAAACCUCUUAAGCCCACAGUGCUGAGCGGGGAUUUCUGCUGACACAGGCUUGUUGGGAUGUCGGCGCGUUUGUGUGACGGGUUGGUGAUGGAACCAGACAAACAUCAGUCAGAUUAGAGCAGGUGAUCUGGACCACUACGUUGGGGUGGAUCGUCUGAAUCGUCUUUUUGAUCGUGAUGCGAUAUACCACUGCGCUGCGCUUCAAAAGUCUUGCGGACUGAUCAUGUGUUUGGUGAAGGCCGAAAGCUCCACAAACUGUUCAGACUUCAGAUGCACCAGGAUGGUAAGUAUCCAGGUAGUUCUGACGGGUCGCUCUGCUGGACCCGACCCUGGUCUGUGGGCCUGAGGGGUUCAAGACAAACCUCCCUUCUCAAGGUGUUACAGUUGUUGUGAACUUUUUGAACUUAUUAAAGGUGAGAAUUUUAUA